UCCAACAUUUAUUAUAGACAAAUUCUUGGGACCCUAGUACAUUGAUCUCGCGAGCAUAAUAUAUUAAUUAUUGUAUAAUAUUGACUUGUAAAUGUCUUAUAUUUACGAUUUAUCUGUGACGUCCACGGUCGCCACUCGCCGGUCAAUGUCGAACGAAAACAUUAGCGUUUACCGGUUUCUCCGCCUUCCUACAUACUCCCCGUCACCCGCAAACCCACCUUCUAACACGUCUUGAACACUGGCUCGAAGUUGAACAUCAAUAAUACGAUUGUACCUAAAGUGUCCUAAACCUAUUUAAUAAUCAGAAUCGAAACAUAUUUUUUGUUUGUUCAAGUGAUCCCCACUUUCUCAGUUCUCACAAUUCUGUUCAAACACUUCCUCAACGAUGAAACUCUUUUUAACCGGUGCGUCGGGCUUAUUGGGAAGGUCUAUAUACGAACGUUUUCUGAACGAACCGGAUUGGACUGUGUGCGGUAUCUCGUUCAAAAGGACCAGCCCAGGGCUGACAAAAUUGAACCUGCUCGAUAAAGACGCAGUUACUAAUCUCCUUAAUACAGUUUGCCCUGACGUUAUUGUUCACUGUGCUGCUGAACGGUUUCCAGAUAAAGUAGAAAGUGAUCCUCAGGCUGCUUAUGAUCUGAAUGUUGGAGUAUCAGCUCAUUUAGCUGAUGUAGCAAAUAAUCUCAAUGUGCCGUUGUUGUAUAUCAGUACAGAUUAUGUGUUUAAUGGAGAUGAAAGUCCUUAUAAAGAAACUGACGAACCUUCGCCUAUUAAUGAAUAUGGAAGGUUGAAGUUGCUUGGUGAAAAAGCAGUCCUUGCUGCUAAUCUAAAUAAUAUCAUUCUCCGUAUUCCAGUACUAUAUGGACCUGUUGAAAGUUUAGAAGAAAGUGCAAUUACUUAUUUGUUAAUUGGAUUAAGAAAGUGUCAAAACAAUAAUGAAUUAUUUAAAGUCUCUAAUUAUGAACUUCGUAAUCCAUCAAGUGUUGAUGAUAUAGCACACAUUGUGUUUAAUUUAGUGGGGAAAAAAAUAGCAUCAGCUAGUAAUGACAUCAGUGGUAUUUAUCAGUGGUGUGGAAAAGAAAUGUAUACAAAGUAUGAUAUGGUGGCUAAAAUGGCUAAGAUUUUUGACAUGAGUAUGGAACAAGUAGUUCCAGUAAAUGGACAAGGUGGAGUGAAACGUCCAUUUAAUACUCUAUUAGAUGUUUCACGCAUAAAUCAGUUAGGAAUUGGAGCACAUACUAAUUUUGAAGAUGGAAUAAAAACUGUAUUAGCCAGUUGGAAUGUUAAGUAGUUGUUUUUACAAUGAAAAAAUAUAAAUGUUGUCAUAAUCAUAUAUCAUGUUAUAAUAAAAUGUAUUUAAUAUAAGCAGCUUAAUAUUUGUCAUUAUCAAUUUUAUACAUUUUUUUUUUAUUGUUAGUUAUAAAUAAAGAAUAUAUUUUUAAAUUUA